CAUCAAAACCUAAUCCUUGCAUUUUCAAACACCCCAACUGGUGGAGAGAGGGAAUGGAACAAACCAGUUGAUGUGUAUGAAUGAAACAAUAUGUUUGGAGUCAACAGUAUGACCUUUUUCCACCUGAUCACCAGCCAGCUGGGAAGAAGGGCAACAAUCAGUUUUUUUACAUGAUCUCCACAGGUAUUCUAGGAAAUUCCAGAGAUUGUCAUUGGAGGGACCUAUCCAUUCCUGAAGCCUGGAGACGGGGUCAGGGUUCGAAAGUGACAGCAGGAACCUUUUAAAGACACGUGGAGUGACCAGAAGCAGAUCUUAUUGGCAACCCAUGCAGUGGUCAAGAUCUAAGGAAUAUCCAAGUGGAUCCACGUCAGCAGACUCAAGGGAGUACCCCUCCAGUGGAACCAGAUGAAGGAGGUAGCGAAGGACCUCCCCACUUGCUGAGGGAUGGGAUAAGAACCCUGAAAACAAGUGGCCUUCGAAGAUCGUGAUCAAUCUUGGCCUGAAGAUUAGAUUCAAGAAGAAAGGAGUGAAAUAAAAUUUCCUUCCUUAGUUCCAGUAGCUUGGGAAAUAAAUCGGACAGAGACAAUAGGUGGAUUUGUGGGAGCUGUGAUUGUGUUCAUAUUUUUGUAUUGCCUUUGUUGUAAGCAAUUGCCUUAAACAAGCAAGGGUACGUGUGAAGUUCCCCCAAGCCAGCCUUCACAACUAUGGUAGAAAUGUAUAAUAAGAUGUGGUUGUUGUGGAUAUGUGAGUUUUUUCUGCUUAUAGGAGGAGAAGGAUCAGAGAAUCCGGAACAACAACCAGAGAAUUCAUUCUUCCACUUAAUGCGAAAGGUGGUGCAAGAAUUCAAUUUUUCCAAUAGUUGGGUGUGUGCACAUGCAGGAGGAAAUAGCAUAGAUCCCCUCCCUUUUAGGCCUCUUUCCCUGACGGCAUAUGGACAUGUGUAUAAUGAAUCUGUCCUACAUGUGCAGUAUGGAGAUGUAAAUGAUACGUGGAAAACAUAUAAUUUCACCAACAGAAGAGAUUGGUAUUGGGUAAAUCCUAAGUGGGGAACAUGGUGUUUCCAAAGAGAUCCACGAAAGGGUGAGACAAGCAUCUCUGUUGGAACAUCCAAAUGUUCUGUUACUCUCAAAUGGCAUCCAACUCCACAUUGGGACAAAGGCCUUAAUUGUACUCAGUACAAAGGUAUGUGGAACGUGACCCAUAUAAAUGGAAUUAGAUCCCCAAAGGGAACGACUGUUUAUGAUUGUUGGAAAUAUAAUACCAAGGAGAUGACAUACAUAUGUGUGUGUAGAUAUCUCAAGUGUACUACCAUGUAUAUUGAUAAUACCCAAACUCUCCAUUGGGUGUGGUCAAAUGGUACAUGGUUGGAUGGGUUUAAGGACUCAUGGUUUGAAGUGGGAGCAGCAUAUCUAUCUCACUCAAGAGAAAGAGUGUCCUGCCAAGGAGAAAAGGAUCAACCAGUACUCUGUGUGAGAAAUGAUGGCACAAAAUACAUUAGCCCUUUUUAUGAAGGAUGGUAUGAUCCAAUGAAACAUAGAGGAUCUCUUGUUUCAUAUCUUAAUGGCUCUCGACCAUGGGAUAAGGGACCUUUCCCUAAGGGCAUCAAAGCUAGGUUGGGACAUCAUUUUGUUUGUGGUUCACGGGCGUAUAAAGAGCUUCCAGCCAAUUGGACUGGAACAUGCUAUGUGGCCCUAUUGUUGCCCCCAAUUUCAAUUCACCAUGGGACUGAUGUAAGAAUCUAUGGUCCUGUACAUCAAAGAAUAGCCAGAAAAGCUGGAACUGUCAUCUCUAAAAUAUAUCAUGGGGGACAACAAAAAUGGGGAAAAGAAAUAUGGACUGCUCAAAGGAUAAUAGAUUGGAUUGGGCCUGCAACUUGGGAACCUAAUGCUGCUGGUAGAACUGCCCAUUAUCUGACCGAUCGUGUUAUUCGUUUGCAAGCAGUAGUGGAAAUAGUUGCCAAUGAAACUGUAUCAGCUUUCAGACUGCUAGCUGAGGAUGUUAAAGCCCUGAAGCAAAGCCUUCUUCAAAUUAAAUUGGGAAUGGAUUUUUUAUUGGCAUCGCAAGGUGGACUUUGUGGAUUUUUGAAUGUUUCAGACUGUUGUGUAUUUGCAGAUAAAAAAUGGUGAAUUACUAGAGAAUCAUCUCAAGAGAAUUGAGGAAGUGGCGUAUGUUGAACCCCAAAGGUGGGAUGGUCUGAAUUUGAAUUGGUUGACGAAUUGGCUUCCUAAUUUUGCUUGUCUUAAGAAUGGAUUCAUGAUAUUGUGUGUAAUCCUGUUGAUUUUACUAAUUUUGCCUUGCUUCAUUCCAUGUAUUCGUUUGCUUAUACAACGCAUGGUUGAAAAUAUAACACAUAAACAAAUGCUUAUGGUGUAUUAUAGUCUUCCACAAGAGGAAGAUAAUAGAGUUUCAAACCCCUAAAUUGCCUGUUGAGGAGGGAUUUGUGAUAUAAGCCAAGAUAGUUUGGAAACUGAGUAUGUGAUGUUAAUUUGAUAUGGAAAAAAUCAAUUCAGAAGUAAAUGACAAUAUAUUAAUUCUCUUCAUGCUUUUGAGGGAGGAAUUGUUAUAAAAAUAUAGAAAUGCUGACAACACAUGUAGAACAAUGACCUUUGAUAAGUUGGCAAUAUUAAGGGAAUCAGCAGGACUCAGCAAACUGAAAAGUAUCAAACAAAUGAACAAGCUAGCAGCUUCAUUUCUUAUCUGCAGUACAGAGCAUGACUAACCCCCACCUUUGGAAUGUCCAUGUAUUGCCAACUGCUUGAAACUCAGAGUGUAUAACUGCCUGUAAAAUCAUGAAUGCUUCAGACCUCACAGACUGACACGAGUCUAGAGUGAGCUCUCCGCUUUGCAAACGUAUAGUUAA